AUGAAGUUGAAAACUAUAAGCAGAUCAUCAGAUACUUAUGUCCCAGUACGAAACACUCAAGAGAGUGCCCUUCCACGUAACUUGAACCCGGCUCUACAUCCCUUUGAAAGGGCUAGAGAAUACACCAGAGCUCUCCAAGCCACAAAGCUUGAGCGGAUGUUUGCUCAGCCUUUUAUUGGACAACUUGGUGAUGGACACCGAGAUGGAGUAUAUGUGCUUGCAAAGAAUUUCCACUCGACUAAUCAGUUUGCAAGUGGGAGUGGUGAUGGUGUGAUCAAGUAUUGGAAUUUGACAUCGAGGGAGGAAACCGCUAGUUUUAGAGCACAUUAUGGAAUGUGCACUGGCCUUGUCAUUACCCCACAGAACCAGAUGUUGAGUUGUGGUGAUGAUAAGCUGAUUAAGUUGUGGUCGGUUAAUAGUGAAGAGUUUGACAAGAGUGUCCAAGAUGAUGAGAUUUAUACACACAAGGAUCAAGGAUUGGUCAAGACGUUUGUUGGCGAGCAUGCAUUCAAGGGCAUUGAUCAUCAUAGGGAAGAUGCAAUGUUUGUUACUGGUGGUGCUCAAAUACAGUUGUGGGAUAUGAACCGGUCCAAAUAUAUCAGCAAUUUGUCUUGGGGUGCCGAUAAUGUCAACACUGUCAAGUUUAACCAAACAGAGACAAACAUUAUUGCCAGUACUGGGUCAGACAAUGCUAUUGUAUUGUACGAUGUGCGAACCAAUGUUCCUGUGCAAAGAGCAGUUACCAAUUUCAGAAACAAUUGUAUUAGUUGGAAUCCACUCGAAGCGUUCAAUUUUGUCACUGGUAAUGAGGACCACAAUGCGUACUUGUGGGAUAUGAGAAAUAUGAAGAAAUCAAUCAAUAUUUACAAGGACCAUGUUGCUGCCAUAAUGGAUGUUGAUUUCUCACCCACAGGCGAAGAAAUCGUGACUGGAUCCUACGACAAGACUAUACGUAUAUUUGGUGCUCGUGCUGGCCACUCGCGGGACAUUUACCACACCAAAAGAAUGCAACAUGUGUUUUGUACCAAGUUCAGCACUGACUCAAGGUACAUCCUUAGUGGAUCCGAUGAUACCAAUGUAAGAAUAUGGAGAACAAAAGCUUCAGAUAGAUCCAACAUCAAAUCUAUGAAACAGAGAAACAAACUUGAGUAUGACGACAAGUUGAAGGAGAGGUUCCAGUACAUGCCGGAAAUCAAGAGAAUUGCCAGACAUAGGCAUGUGCCAAAAGUGGUUAAGAAGGCUCAAGAGAUUAAGCGUAUUGAAAUCGAGAGUUUGAAGAGGCGAGAAGAGAAUGAGAGAAGACACACAAAGAAAGGUAGUAAACGGUACGUGCCGGAGAGGGAAAGACAAGUCCGUGGUACCGCUAUAGAGUAA